AGGGUUUUCCACCCCGACUACAACAACGAGCUCACCCAGUUCCUGCCCCGCACCAUCGUCCUGAAGAAGCCGCCCGGGGCGCAGCUGGGUUUCAACAUCCGGGGAGGAAAAGCCUCACAGCUGGGGAUCUUCAUCUCCAAGGUGAUCCCUGACUCGGACGCACACAGAGCUGGUCUGCAGGAAGGGGACCAAGUGCUGUCAGUGAAUGAUGUGGAUUUCCAGGACAUUGAGCACAGCAAGGCUGUGGAGAUCCUGAAGACAGCCCGUGAAAUCACCAUGCGUGUGCGUUACUUCCCCUACAAUUACCAGAGACAGAAGGAAAGAACUGUUCACUAA